AUGUCGGUACAAGCGAAACGGCAGCACUGCUAUCUGUGCGAUCUGCCCCGGAUGCCGUGGGCCAUGAUUCACGAUUUUUCCGAAGCCGUUUGUCGUGGGUGCGUCAACUAUGAGGGUGCGGAUCGGAUCGAGCUGGUCCUGGACACGGCCCGUCAGAUGAAACGCAUCCACUCGGCGGCCAGUGGUGGUGGAGCUGGUGGUGCCGGCGGUAGUGGCAGUGGUAGCGGAAAGCGUGGCCAUGAAAAUGGCGAAUUGUCGCACAGAUCCGUACCGACGGCAGCCGGUCCACAUCAUUACUCCGUCCGGACGGGACCGAACGGGCAGACGUUGGUCGAUUUUACGCCCAAACACGAACCGCACGAUAUUGCGAGUGUUAGGGCGGGUCCAAGGAUGCAGCAGCAUAUUCCGCCGCACCACAUGGCUCCACACGUUGCCGGCCGGCAGCAGGUUCCGCCGGCAUUGUCGGUGAAUUUGAAGCGACCACCGCCGGAUGAUGACGAUCAUCAGAUGGAUGGACCGACGGGAAGCGCUAAACGGGGUGCGGAAGAUCCUGUGGCCAUUCAGCGGCCUCCGCUGACACGCGGCGAGUCCUUGCCGGCUGUUCCGUUCGUGGCGGAACGUCAGCCCAGCUACAAAGACAAACAUCCCGUGCGGACGGCUUCCUUCGAUACGGCCGCUUUCAAGACGCUUGACCAGAAACAACAAAACGUGGGGAUUUUUGUGAACGCCCCAGUAAUGCCCCGAGUCUAUCCGAACGUGAUACCGAUACCACCCGUAUCGAUGGGGGGCGGCGGCGAUAGCACUCCACCAGCACCGUCCGUCGCACAGUUGCAAAGUCCGAUGGCGAACCUAAUGUCAAUCACCGAGACCCUUCCGCCUGGCAGCCCUCGCAAUGGGCCAAGCCCACCGGGCCCACCGCCACCGCGGACCGCGUCCCGCGGCUCACAGCACUCGCCGAACAGCUCCGGCUCUUCCAGUGGACGGCGAUCUUCCGGUUCGAGACACGUAUCGAGUACGACUGUAACGUCCUCGGAAGCUCAACAACCGAAUUCCUCGCUUCCCGGUAGCGGUGGAUCGACGACACCGAACGGUGGCAAUGUAGGCGGCCCAAAUGUAGGCAAUGCAAACACUCCACCAGUUCCGAUGGGCCCGAUGGGUCCUGGUCAGCAACUCUCGCAGCAAGUUCCACCACCGCCACCACAAUCCCAGGGUCAACCGCAAGGCGGUGGUCCUCAGGAUGGUGUGCCACCCGGACUUGGCGGUAAUGCCGGCAGUGCCGGACCUCCGGGAAGUGGUCCUGCAGGAAAUGUUGGUGCCCCAGGUGGAGGCGCCGGAGGUCCUGGCAAUGGUGGACCUGGAGGACUUCCUCCACCACCUGGCACGGCUCCGACAAACGCACCGCCCGGAACGGGAGGACCUGCGCCAGCUCCUGCACCGAACCCGACGCUCAAGUGCACACUCUGCCAGGAGCGGCUGGAAGAUACUCACUUCGUGCAGUGUCCCUCGGUUGGCCAUCACAAGUUCUGCUUCCCCUGCAGCCGGGAGAGCAUCAAGCGACAGGGCUCUGGUGCGGAAGUGUACUGUCCAAGCGGCGAGAAGUGCCCGCUGGCCAACUCGACGAUACCGUGGGCGUUUAUGCAGGGUGAAAUUGCGACGAUUUUGGGAGAAGAGUUGAAGGUCAAAAAGGAGCGCGAAACGUAGAGAAGUCGGUAUACCGUUGCCAACAGUGUCGCUGUCUCUGCUGCAUGUACGGCAAGGUCCAACACCACCAGCGGCAGUUGCAGCAGCAGCAGCAACAGCAGCAGCAGCGGUUCGAUGUCUACUGCUUCAUCUUCGGGCGUGGGUUUCGUUCCACCGGUUUCAA